UCGGUUUGGCUUCUUGGAAAAUCGCCACCAUUUUCUAAUAACAUUACAGCAAACACCUUCAAACAUCAAGGUACGUGGCAAACAUGGUAAGGGAACGCUACGUACAUCGUGGUGGGAGUGAUCUCGAAAGGGUCCACUGCUUGCACUACCCUUAGCAAUGCGUGAAUAUAGCCGACUCGGGACAAAGUGCCUCGAUCAUGCAUGGCUACGAGUGUGUCGUGACGCAAACACUGGGUGACCACCUUGUCCACGAUUUCUUGGGCUUUACCAUCAUGCAGUCGUGCCAGUUCGCAUUCAUGAAGGAAAUGCGCGAACUCUGCCCCGUUCAUACCGUAACUGAGCUCACUGCUACCAGUAGCGUAGUGCAUAUACCCCGCAUUGAGUUCCGAGAAACAAGACAGCAGCAAUUCCUGAAGGUGUUCACGUUCGUGUGGGUCCUUUUCAAUUUCCUCGGGGUGUAUGUGACUCCAGUCGUACAGGAAUGCAGCCUCCACCUCCAUGUCGGACAAGAAUUGUCCUGAAUUCACUUGUUGCAGCAUCUCAGCACGGGCGUACGCUUUCAUUUCUUCUGCAGCAGAUGAAGUUCCGUCUCCUUUGGCCUCGGAGUCACCGACUUGUUCGCUCGAUGUUAGUUGCUUCACCAACGUACUCGGAGUCUUAGCGUCAGCUCUAGUAUCCGCAGGAUCCGGAAUGUCAACACGGUUCUGCGAAGAAAAGAAGGCAUUCGUCGUCCAAGCUGUGAAUUGAGGUGUGCCAAUUUCGUUCACAGGCACUUCUUGCUGAAAAAAAGUCAUAAAAAAUAAGUAGAGAAGUGUAACACUUAAAAUAAUGCUUCAUACCUGCAGUUGUACGG